GGACUGGCGAAGGGAGGUGGGGAGUGACCAAGGUUCACAGAGGAGGGCACACAGUGACGUUCCUGGGGUUACAAAAACCCUCAGAGGCUGCCAAAGGGUGUGUGGAGCCUGAAGCCGGCGAGUGCCGCCAUACAGGAAAGAAGCCAGAGCCCUUCCCAGAGCCCUGAGGACCUAUCGACCAUGGUGCGGGCACCCUGUUGGCUGCUGCUGCUGCUGCUGCUUCACGUCUGGGCGACCACGCCAGAGCCCUGCGAGGUGGACGACGACGAUGUCCGUUGCGUCUGCAACUUCACGGAUCCGGAGCCCGAAUGGUCCAGCGCCUUCCAGUGUGUGGGUGCCACGGAGGUGGAGAUCCGUGGCGGUGGCCGCAGCCUGAAAGAGUUUGUCAAGUUCGCCGGCAUCAACCCGAAGCAGUAUGCUGACGUGAUCAAGGCUCUGCGCGUGCGGCGACUCACGGUGGGUGAUGCACAGGUUCCUGCUCUGCUUCUGUUCUCCCUCCUCGGUGGGCUUGGGUCCUCCCGCCUCAACCAACUAACCCUCGAGGACUUGGAAGUAAUCGGCCCGACGCCGCCACCGCCUCUGGAAGUCGCUGGACCUGCGCUUUCCACCCUCAGUAUCCGUAACGUGUCGUGGGCAACAGGGGGCGCCUGGCUGGCGGAACUGCAGCUGUGGCUCAAGCCCGGCCUCAAAGUACUGAACAUUGCGCAAGCACCCUCGCUCGCCUUUUCCUGCGCAGACCUCGGCGCCUUCCCCUCCCUCACCACCCUAGACCUGUCUGACAAUCCUGGCCUGGACGAGCGCGGGCUGACUGCGGCUCUCUGUCCGAACAAGUUCCCGGCCCUCCAGGAGCUAGCGCUCCGCAACACCGGGAUGCAGACUCUCGGCGCCGUGUGCGCGGCGCUGGCGGCGGCAGGUGUGCAACCGCACCGCUUGGACCUCAGCCACAACCCUCUGCGCGCCACCGCACCGGACGCUCCCAGGUGCAUCUGGCCGAGCGCCCUGAGCUCUCUCAACCUGUCAUUCGCUGGCCUGGAGCAGGUGCCUGCAGGACUGCCGACCGAGCUCAGCGUGCUUGAUCUCAGAUGCAACAGGCUGAAUAGAGAGCCGCAGCCAGAUGAGCUGCCCAAGGUGAGGGACCUGUUACUGGCCGGGAAUCCCUAUCUGGACCAGAAGAACUCUGGUGUGGCCACAGCCUGUGAGCGUUUGACUCAGGCCCUGGGGGUGUCAGGAAGUAUCUUGCUGCUUCAAGGGGCCAGGUCCUUGGCCUAAGGCUCAGGAAAGAAGAAUGGAUUGGCUCAGAUUGCCCUGGUUCCCGAGGAGCCUCCCGGGGACCUCUCAACCAACCACUUCUCUGCCCCCAAUUCAUUAAAAUCUUAAACAAC